UUAAAUAGCCCCUUGCGCAAUUUGAUGAAUAGUGUCGCUGUCAAAAGCGUUAGAAACAGAUGAAGGAAUGUUGAUAGAUGGACAGCUAUAACAGAAAGGACAGGAAGAGAAGCUGCGUCAUGUCUCCUCACGGUUACAUGCAACGUUAGUUAUUAAUCUUCGGAGCUUGAUGUCGCUAUGGAGACCAGAACAUGUCAAGUGUAAGUGCUUCAACUGUACGCGUGUCGAGGUUCUUGUGAAUAUUUUUCCACCUUCUCAAACUUCAACGCAGGAGGGAAACCUUUUGCUCGGCAAGGAGCCUUUGAGGGCCCACAUCAGCAUGGUGAACAGCCAAGCGUCGGGUGUACCGCCGGCCCCCAGGUCGUGUGCAGGAUGCGGGGGGAAGAUCGCCGAUCGCUUCCUGCUCUUCUCCAUGGAGCGCUACUGGCACACUCGUUGCCUCAAGUGCUCUUGCUGCCAAGCCCAGCUGGGGGACAUUGGCACCACCUGCUACAGCAAAGGGGGCAUGAUUCUGUGUCGGAGCGACUACAUCAGACUGUUCGGGCACAGCGGGGCGUGUAGCGCCUGCGGCCAGUCGAUCCCAGCCAACGAAAUGGUGAUGAGGGCGCAGGGAAAUGUUUACCACCUCAAGGUUUUCAGCUGUGCCACCUGUAGAAACAGACUGGUGCCUGGCGAUCGCUUCCAUUACAUCAACGGUACAAUCUUCUGUGAGCACGACAGACCCGGCGCUGUCUUGCUCAACAGCCACCUGCCUCCACUUCAGAGCAACACUGUGCUGACAGACCAGAAGGUAUGCUGAGUGGCAGAAGUGCUGUGUGUUGCCCUCGCCUCCCCACCCCGAGCUUCACUUCUCUUCGGUGCACUAUUCUCCUCCUGCUACUGUCGUUAUUGUUGUGGAGUCUCGUCACUGCCCCGCUUCUUUUCCCCGGGGGAGGACGCAAUUUCUCACCAGGAUCCCCGUUUGUCACCAUAUCAGAGACUCUCUAUUCCGCAUACAAAGUCACAUUUAUGUUGUGUUCAAUGUCAGAGUGGUCUGUGCAUCAUCAACAACUUACAUUAUGUGUGGACUGCACUAGCAAAAGGCUUCUCCGGGAUUUAGAGAAAGCUGUGGAGGAAAACAAUGAGGAUGAAAGCCUGCGCCAAUUGGAAGAGGAAAUAAAAGAUGCUUGAAUGAACACUUGAUGGACUGCUGUAAAAUGACUGUCAAAGGCUUUGCUUUGUGCCAUGUGGCAUUAUUUCCCCUGAGCGUCAGUGUUUUUAAUGAACUCUUGAUCUCGCUCUUGUGUAUGUAAAUCUGAGAUCGUACACACUGAGGAUUCAAUACAAAAUUGAUGGGAGUCAGGCAAAAAUCUGAGUAUCUGAAAAUGUUCAGUCAUAGGAAACCUUGAAACUAGUUUAAAAAAAAAAAACCUACACCAGAAACUUUUAAAACUCAGAAAUCUAAUGUUACUGUAUGAUUACAAUUACUAUACUUACUACUAUUUUUUUUUUUUUUCCAGAUACCCUUCACAAAGAACUGAAAUGAUCCAGUGAAGGUUUUGUUUCAUUUCUUCUGUAGAGUUUUAUUUCUUUAUCAGAUGCCGGUUCAAUGUGUGAAAAACAAAUUGUGGAGUUAAAAACAAAAAUCCUAUUAAAAUGAUUUUUCUGUAA